GAUUCACAUAUAUCUAGUGUAGAAUAAGUGAGAGCAAAAAUGACAGAGGAUAAAUUGUGAGUCAUUUCAUGUUCAACAUUUGCCAGUGCUAAGUUUUAAUAACAUCUUUGGAACAUUCACUGUGCUACUUGAAGCUGCUGUAUUAACCGUAGUAUUGUAGCAUUAGUCGAAGCGUUCAUCGGGUCAGUUCGGCAGAAAAUGACAACCUCUGAUUGGGAAAAAUUCAGGCUGCUAUUAUGGAAAAACUGGAUAAUACAAAAACGGCACUACAUGCAAACCAUAUUCGAGAUUACAAUUCCAGUGAUUGCCUGCUCUUUACUGAUUCUGGUGCGAGGCCUAGUCAAUCCAACAACCUACACCCGUCCAGUUACGUUCGAGAGUCUCAAUGUCAGCAGUAUAGCCAGCAUAAGAACCCUAGUGACUAAUCACCCUAUUGAAUUGACACUGGCAUAUGCACCGGAAAAUGUUUUAUUCAAUCAGGUCGUCCGAAAAGCUGCUAGAACAUUGGGAACGGAUGUUCGGAUUAAAUCUUUCAACGAUAGCAAAAGCUUGUACAACACUUUGGUAACAAAUAAUUACCUCGCGGGAAUAGAAUUUAGUGAUCACUUGAAGAAUACAACGCAGCUACCAGAUAAUUUGAGCUUCGCCCUUCGAUAUCCCAGCGAGAUGAGAACAACUAAGCUUCCGGGUGCGGAAUUCUGGGCAAAUUGGCGAACAUUUUUGACCUUCCCUCCGUUCCAAACGUACGGAGCACGAGCCGUUAAUUACAGUGACGGUGGUUAUCCAGCUAAUUACUAUGCGGAAGGCUUCGUUUCCGUGCAGAAUGCAAUAACACGAGCUCUGUUAGAGCGUAAGAACAACUCCACCAAACUGCCGGUUGUUUCAUUGCAGCGUUUCCCGUAUCCAGCGUUCUACGACGAUCCGCUGUUGAGAGGAUUGGAAAAUCUUUUCCCGUCCAUCAUUAUGAUAGCAUUUUUCUAUUCCUGUAUAAACACGGUGAAGUUUAUAACACUGGAAAAGGAAAGACAACUGAAGGAGUCAAUGAAAAUAAUGGGUCUCGAUGGAUGGCUUCACUGGAUGGCGUGGUUUGUCCGGACUCUGAUUCUACUGUCGAUCUCAAUAUCACUGAUCACACUGCUGUUGUGCGUCAGCCUCACAACCAACACUAACAUUGCGAUUUUCGAGUUUUCAAACUGGUUAUUGGUUUGGAUUUUUCUAUUCAUUUACAGCAUUACCACCAUUACGUUUUGCUUCAUGUUGAGUGUCUUCUUCUCGAAAGCCAACAUAGCAUCUGGUGUUUCCGGCAUUAUCUGGUUUUAUUCACUAACACCGUACAACAUUACAUUUGGAAACUACGAUCGUAUGUCCCUAGGAAGUAAGCUUGCAUCGAGUUUGUGGUGUAAUACGGCGAUGGGUUUCGGGUUUAUGUUGCUGAUGAAACACGAGGGAACCUCGAUCGGUUUACAAUGGUCCAAUCUAUUCACACCGGUGACCAUCGACGACCAGCUUACCGUAGCGCACAUUAUGUUUAUGCUUUUGAUGGAUGCAUUGUUCUAUUUGUUGGUCGCCCUGUACGUAGAACAGAUUGCUCCAGGCCAGUUUGGAAUUCCGAGGAAAUGGAAUUUCAUCUUCACAAUUGAUUUUUGGAGAUCGAGCGUGGCAUACAACAGACAACAAGACACUAUGGAUAGGGAAUCUCUUUCUAACCACCGCAACAACAAUGCUGAAGUUGAGCCUACGGGUCAAUUUGCUGGUAUCAAAAUAUUAGGAUUGACAAAAACCUUCAAAGGUUCUAAGGUGGCCGUAAGAGAAUUAACAUUGAAUUUAUACGAAGAUCAGAUAUCUGUACUGUUGGGCCACAAUGGUGCUGGCAAGACCACUACAAUGUCAAUUCUCACAGGAAUGUUUCCUCCGACAUCCGGAACAGCAUUCGUUAACGGGUUUGACAUUCGUCAUAAUAUGAAAAAUGCAAGAAAUUCCCUGGGGUUAUGUCCCCAACAUAAUAUUUUAUUUGACGAGCUAACAGUGGGUGAACAUAUUCGGUUCUUCUCGAAACUUAAAGGAGUUUCAGAAGAUGUGAUCAAUAUGGAGAUCAAUAAAUAUCUGAAAUGUUUGGAAUUGGAAGACAAAAUAAAUGCACAAUCGCAUACUUUAUCCGGUGGAAUGAAACGAAAACUUUCGAUAGCGAUUGCUCUUUGUGGAGGCUCGAAGGUUGUUCUGUGUGACGAACCGACAUCAGGAAUGGAUCCGGCUGCUAGGAGAGUGUUAUGGAAUUUAUUACAACAAGAAAAGGUUGGAAGAACCAUACUGUUAUCUACCCACUUUAUGGAUGAAGCCGAUAUUUUGGGGGACCGUGUAGCAAUAAUGGCUAACGGAGAUUUGAUGGCGGUUGGAUCGCCUUUCUAUCUUAAGAAGAAAUUCGGACGAGGUUAUAGAUUGGUUUGCGUAACUGAAGCCAGUUGCAACCCAACGUAUUUGACAAACAUGCUAAGAAAGUAUAUUCCGAAUAUCGAAGUGGAAUCUGAUAUCGGUACAGAGCUGAGUUACGUUUUGAGGCAUGAGUAUUUGCAUUUGUUUCCGGAUCUUUUGACGGAUCUGGAGGAGCACUCAUUACAAUACGGAAUUUCCAGCUACGGAAUAACUUUGUCAAACUUAGAGGAAGUGUUUAUGAGUCUUGGAAGUGACGGCGUCUCUGAACAGGAAACAGUCAAUGAUUAUACAGCCAAAUCAAAUGGGAUAACUAAUCGGCCUGAGGAGACCUAUCCAUUGGUUAAGGGCAAACAACUUGUUAUUAAUCAAAUGAAGGCAAUGUUCCUAAAAAAAUAUCUUAGUUUCAUCAGAGCUUGGAAAAUAUCUUCGUUGCAAACAACACUAUCAAUGUUGUACAUUAUAGUAAUAAUAGCGAUUGUUCGUUCGUUUCCCAACAAUGUUGUACUGCCUGCUUUGGAAAUAUCGUUGAGUUCAUAUACUAAAACUGUGACAAUUCUACAAACAACGAAUAUCAAUGCAACCAUAACCAAAAGCUAUAUGGAUUUGUAUGAAAACGCCUCCAGUUCUCACAAGCUAAUAACAACAUCGGAAUCUUUUGUUGAAUACAUUCUUAAUAGGUCCGUAGAAAAUAACAAAAAUGUAGAUAAUACCUACAUGAUUGGAGCCACGCUGGAUGAGUCACAGCAAAAUUUUACUGCUUGGUUCAACAAUAAGGCGUAUCAUACGGCUCCGCUAGCUCUAAAUCUCAUCUACAAUGCAAUAAUACGCACAUUUUGCCAUGGUUGCCAGCUACGGGUUGUGAAUAAACCUUUGCCUUACAGCACUCGAAUCAGGUUCCUACGACUGCAAGCAGGAAGUAAUAUGGGAUUUCAGUUAGCAUUCAACACUGGUUUCGCAAUGGCGUUCGUUGGUGCUAUGUACAUCAUGUUCAACAUCAAAGAACGGGCUUCUGGUGCCAAGUUGCUGCAAUUUGUCAGUGGAGUCAAUGCCGUGAUAUUCUGGAGUAUCUCAUUCCUGUGGGACUACUUUGUGUUUAUGGUGGCGAUGGUGCUGUACAUUGCAACCUUGGCAGCUUUCCAAGAAGAAGGUUGGUCAUCGCCUGCUGAGCUGUCUCGUGUCGUGAUAGUGAUGAUGUGUUUCGGGGCUGCUGUUAUUCCGUUCACCUACCUAUGGUCGUUCUUUUUUCAAGAUUCUUCUACCGGUUUCAUCAAAAUGCUGAUAUUCAACAUAUUUACGGGGACGGUAAUUUUUACAGGAAUAUUUUUGCUGAAAUAUAGCGAGUUCAACUUGAAAGAUGUAGCCGAAACAUUGGAGUGGGUGUACCUGAUUUUCCCUCAUUUUGCACUCAGUCACAGUUUGAACAACAUCAACUUGGCACUUACAAUACAACAGAUUUGUAAAGCCCAAUGUGAAGCGAUGCCUUUUUGUACCGACGACCUCUUGUGCAGUUUCGACAAACGUUGUUGUAGCACAGACAUAUUUUCUUUUCAAUCCAAUGGUAUUAGUCGUAAUUUAGCAUACAUGCUAGCUGUAGGAACAGUCUCAUUCAUAGUAUUAUUACUAAAAGAGUCGAGAAUAGUUUCCUGUACCGUAAAAUGCAAAAAACCAUGGGGUAGUGCACCGAUAGAGUCAUUCUCAGAUUCAAAAGAGACUAUAGCAUUUAAUGAGGAUUCAGACGUAUUGGCGGAACGGGAACGGACUUGUUUGCUACGACAAAAUGAACUCCAACAGCAUGUGCUAGUAUUAAAAGAUGUCUCGAAACUUUACGGAUCAUUUUUGGCCGUGGAUCGUCUAUCUUUGACCGUUGAUAAUUACGAGUGUUUUGGUUUACUUGGUGUAAAUGGUGCUGGCAAAACUUCUACAUUUAAAAUGUUAACAGGUGAUGAAAGUAUGUCAUCCGGAGAGGCGUGGGUACGAGGAUUGAACAUUAGAACAGAAAUGAACGAAGUAAAUCGCCAAAUUGGUUACUGUCCCCAGUUUGACGCAGUUCUUGAAGAUCUCACUGGUCGUGAAAGUUUGAAAAUAUUCGGCCUAUUACGAAGUGUAUCCGAAGACGUUAUCGAUGCUAUUUCACAAAAUCUGUCCGAUGACUUAAAUUUUUCCCAACAUCUCGACAAACAAGUGAAAGCUUAUAGCGGGGGCAACAAGCGGAAAUUGAGUACCGCACUCGCACUGAUAGGCAAUCCGACAAUAAUUUAUUUAGAUGAACCUACCACGGGAAUGGAUCCCGGGGCGAAACGUCACUUCUGGAAUGUGAUUUGCAAAAUUAGAGCAACUGGCAAAACAAUUAUUCUAACAUCCCAUAGUAUGGAGGAAUGUGAAGCUCUCUGUACACGACUCGCCAUUAUGGUUAAUGGAGAGCUUAAGUGCCUUGGAUCGUCGCAACAUUUGAAGAACAAAUUCACAAAUGGCUACUUCUUAACAAUCAAACUUAUGAAAUGUGAUACUGACGAAUCUAAUGAAAACGUUAAUCUAGUCAUACAAUAUAUUGAAAGAAAUUUCGAAGGCGCUCGAUUGAAAGAACGAUACCAGGAUUACUUAACUUAUCACAUAACGAAAACGUCUUUGAAAUGGUCAACGAUGUUUGGUUUGAUGGAACAAGCUAAAACUCAAUUCGAUAUCGAAGACUACGCGAUAGGACAGACCUCUCUCGAACAAGUAUUUUUAGCAUUAGUCUCUCUUCAGCGUGCUAGUGAUUGA